ACGCAUCGCAUUCGCAACUCAAGUCAGAGUCAGUCAGUCAAUCGCGAUAUCCACUGCCGGACGGUCGUUGUGACGCGCAAUUAUUUUAAUUAAACUUUCCGGCGUUUUGUACGUUGAGAGUUCAGUGUUUCCUUAUAUAUUUUUAGAGUAAUCUAAAACAUUGUGAUUACGAGAUGGCGUCAGUUGAAACUCAAAAAAAUGGCGACGCCAGAGACUUGUUAGCAAAAGCACCUUGGACCGACGAGCAAGGCAUCGGCAUGAAGAUCUACCAGGGGGUCAUGAUGACGCUGGAGGUACUGGUGCUCAUCGUGAAGAUGUACGCCACCUGGUUCCACUGCAUCUACAAAUUCUUCGUGCCCCCCGAGCCGAAGAGUGUGAAGGGGGAAAUUGUUCUUAUCACGGGCGCGGGUCACGGCAUGGGGCGGGAGAUGGCGCUACGGUUCGCCAAGCUCGGCAGCGUCAUCGUCUGCGUGGACAUCAACCAGAGCGGCAACCAGGAGACUGUCGACAUCAUCAAGGAGGCCAAGGGGAAAGCGCAUAGCUAUUUAUGUGAUGUGACCAGUCGCGACGCCAUCAACGAGAUGGCCGACAAGAUCCGCAAGGAAGUGGGCGAGGUGAGCAUCCUGGUGAACAACGCGGGGGUGAUGCCCUGCAAGCCCUUGCUGCAGACAGGAGAGAAGGAGAUACGCGUCGCCUUUGAAGUCAACUGCCUGGCACAUCUCUGGAUGCUUCAAGCUUUCCUCCCCGCGAUGAUGGAGCGUAAUCACGGGCAUAUCGUCGCCAUGUCGUCUAUGGCCGGGGUCAUUGGCCUGCGGAACCUGGUCCCGUACUGCGGCACCAAGUUCGCCGUCAGAGGGAUGAUGGAGGCCGUGCACGAGGAGUUGAGGGAAGAUCCACGAAACUUUAGCGGAAUCAAGUUGACCUGCAUCUGCCCAUACAUCGUGGACACAGGGCUGUGCAAGAACCCCAAGAUAAAGUUCCCAUCGCUGAUGAAGAUCCUGUCGCCGCAGGAGGCUGUGGAGCAUAUUGUCGACGCGGUGCGGCGGGAGUACCACGAGAUCACCAUACCCAGCUCUCUUUACUAUAUCAACCAGAUGUUCCGGGUGUUCCCACGGUCAGUUCCUCUUCACAUCAAAGACUUCCUUGACUCCGGGCUGGAGGCGCAGUGAUGUAGUAUCACUUCGAGAGAACUACAUCACAUUACCGUAUGAAAUGCCUUAGUUAUGGAUACUCCGAGGACCAACUGCGCUGAGAGAUAUACUGGGUUUACAUAUCAAUAUUAUUCACAAUAUUUACUGUACAACAAUUACUUUAGAUUGUAAAAAUUCGCUAUUAACAAUGAAUAAUGGGUUUAUUUUGCUGUUCUACGCGAAAAAUUAACUAAUGCAAACAGCAAAAUCGCCCAGACCCCAGCAAACGUUUGUCUUAUACUUUCUACAGUAAAUGUUUACUUCGAAACUUCGUGAACUUUUUAAUGUUUACUUGCAGGUUUUUAGCCUCGUAUGCGUUGUGUUAUCCACCAUCAUCCAUAACCACUGGAUGUGUGCUUCGACAUUUCCACAUAGCUCCCAUCAUUUCAAUUAUCUUCGUAAUUAUUGUAAAAAAGCAUAUGGCGUAGUAAUUAUGUUUUGUUGUUCAUGUUUAUCUGCUGAUGUCCGUUCAAAAUCAAACAAAAUUUAUUCCAUAUUCAUUGGUGAUGGUGAUAAUUUUGUUUUGCUAUUUUUGGGGAAAACUGCAGUAAUACCUACCAAAUACCUUGUAACUAUGCGUAGUGUCGGAUUCAGAAUAAUAUCCUUUUAUUCAUUAUUAACCUGAAUAAAUGUAUAUCAAGUAUAAUUGUACAAUAAUAUUGGAUGUGUAAGCACAGUCAUACAUACAAUGUAACAAAACACAAUCAACAAUGGGCACUCACUUAUAACACUAAAGAACAGUCCUUGUUAUAAGUGUGUUUCUGCCUUUACGGUCGUGCACCUGUACUGUAUAUUUGCUAAACUGUGAUGGUACAAUGUGCAUCAUUAAAACGGAAAAUUAUAGUACAAUUUCUAGUAACUUUUUUCUUGUAUAAUUUUAUUUUGUUUUAUUAUGUCGACUGUUUUGUAGUAGUAGGCAAUAAUGUAGAAUUCAUUCGGACCCAAGUCAGAAAUAAAAUAUUAUUUUAACAAAAUAAAAUUCACAAAACACAUUUUUUAUAGAAUACCUAAAUUACCUACAUAAAAAGGUUUAUUCAAUGACCUAACCCCCCCGGUGACGCCGUAGUGGUUCCGCAGGGAGCUAUCGGCACCUACUCAGACAGAAAAAAAAAUCAAUGAAAUAAAUUAGUAGGUAAAUUAUGAGUCUAAUUCACAAAUUUCCGUUUUUUUUUCUGUGAAUAAUUACUCAUUUACCUACCUACUUAAAUUUUUUAACGAAAUGAUGGAAUACAGUCUGCAAUUUUUUUUUAAAUGAGGAAUGUUAGGAUCUCGGAAACUGUAAAUAAACGAAUUUUAUAAGUAUGUAUUAGUAACUAGAUAUAGAUAUAAGUAGGUAGAAUAAAUAAUUAUAAUGCUAUUAAUAAUGGUGAUAGAGAAAAAUAGCAUUGUUGAUAUUGCCAUUUAAACCUGUUGGCAUAAAUAUUAAAAUUUAACUUAAUAUACAUACAAUUGAUCAAUAAUAAUUUAAUAAUCAAUUAACAUGCGUCUUGGAAUUUUAAAUGUCAGUUAUAAUUUUUUACUGAAAACUAGAAAUAAAGUGGAAAAUAUGUUUUUUUUUGAAUUUCUAAGCUAUUUAAUUGUUAAAAAAAACAAUAGUGCAAUAUCAACAAUAGUUAUUAAUUUUGAUUAUUUUUUUACGUAUACAUUUAUCUUGUGCCUGUAUUUUUAUACUGACUGUAAUAUAGAUAUUAUGUAUACAUUUUGACUAUAAAUGUUUAUUUUCAGAUAAAAGUGCCAUUUUUUCAAGCGUCAAUGUCAAUAUUUCGAUAUUUUUUCAUUUCAGAAAAAUUAGAUACUGAAAUUUUAUAUUAAAAAAAUAAUAGAAUAUAAUUUGCUGAAUAUUUUUGAAACUGACACUCUAUAGCUGAUUAUAGCCAUCUGGCAGCCAAUCUGCUCCGCCUCGCCUCGUGUGCUUAAGUUCUUUAUUUCGACCUUUGCGGACGUACGCUCAACAUAAUUAACUCCGUAGCGUCACUUGGUUAGUUCGCCUGCAAGCUGUCACAAGGCAAAGCGGUGCAGGUUAGGUGCCGGAUCGCUCUAAUGAGCUUUGACCGUUAGACAGAAAACAGUAGGAUUUUAAUGGUAUCGUCUGUACUCAAAACUAACUAAUUAAGUACUUCGAUGUGAUUUUAAUAUAUAAAUCUUGUAAAAUUUUAUAUAUAUUUUUAAUGAACCAAGAAUAAGUGAUAUUAUUUAUAUAAGGGUUGUGAAGUGAGAGAAAGUAUACAAUAAAUACCUAAUAAUUUAAUAA